AUGUCUACACCAGUCACGAAACCACGUGUAUAUCUCAAGAAUCUUAGUUACGUUACUACAGAAGAGGACUUGGAACAAUUGUUCCACGAAUACACUCCGUUUGUACUACCCGCUGCAGUUAAGCUAAUAUCCAAUACUGCCAACAAUAUCAAUUCGAUGUCAUACACAAAUGUAUUGAUUCCCAGUCAUACUAUCCGGUUCUCUCGUUUUGAAAAACACAGACCGCUUGGGAUUGCCUACGCAGAGUUUUCGGAUUUCGAGACUGUUGAUGCCGUAAUUGAAAAGUUCAAUGAAACUGUUCUCAACAACCGUAAGCUCAUUAUCAAGAAGCAUACUCCUUAUGAUCCCAAGAGGGCAGGUUUGCUUAGAAGCCUGCUUAGAAAAAGUGCCAAAAAGCAAAAUAUUACCAUUGUUAGUAGCACUUACAAAGUAAAGAAGGUCGAAUUCAGCGAAGACUCUCCUGAAGUGAUCAAUUCUUCCGAGCCUUCUUCAGAUCUUGUUUACAGUCCAGAGUCGGUUGUUGAAAAUCCUGAAUCGGUUGCUGAGAAUCCUGAAUCGGUUGUGGAGAGUCCUGAAUCGGUUGUCGAGAAUCCUGAGUCGGUUGUUCAGAAUCCAGAGCCAGAAAAGGAUGUCUCAAAUUCUGGUGAAGUUAAUGAAGAUCAGACUGCCUUGGUUCAAGAGCUGGCUCUUACUACUCAAGAUUCUGAGAAAACUUUAUCCGACGAUACCAUUUUCAUUCCUAGAGUCCAUCCUCUGGUUACUUCCACUGAGAUCAGGACCUUGUUUGAAGGAUUCAACCCUGGACACAUUGUCAUCUACAAAGAAGGAAGACGUGGAUCUAUUUCGUUCAAGAUCGAUUGGGUUAGUGUCUUGGUAACUGUUGACGUUUCUGAAAAUAGCUUGCAAGAUAUCAUUGAUAAACUUGUAAAGACAAAAUCCAACAAGUUAGUAGGAAAGAGUGUGAUUUUGAAGCCAGCCUUAAAGGAAAGGGUUGAAUUCAUUGGCAAAAGAGUUUCUGAAUAUGAAACCGCGGUGCUUGCCGCUGCUAUUGUUGAAGCCGAACUUGAAAAGCCUGAAGUUGAAGAAGUUGAAAAUGUAGAUCGAGAAGAUCUCGGUGAAGUAGCCGAUGAUGAGAUUUCCAACUCUGUUGAGGUGUUGGUCACUGGCGACGACAAUACUCCUGUUGAAGAAGCUGUAGAUGAGGUUAAGAAUGCGGACGAAUCACCCAAAACUAACAAGCAAGAACUAGUUGUUCAUAUCAAGCCUUCAGAUGACAAUUUGGCACAAGCACAUGUUGAGAAUAUUGAAGGAAUCAUCACUACUACUGAAGCUUAA